AUCAUUGAGAAGUCUUCUAGAGACAAGGAGUUCAAACCAUCCGCGUCUGCUGAAGCUCGAUUCUGGAAGACACAGCUGUCGAUCAAAUCACGAUUUAGAUUGUCCGGGAAGAUCGAUCUGCGUUCUAUCUGCUGCUCAAUCUCCUUCGUUUCGGAGUAAACAACGCUCGUUUCUCCUCUUCUUUGAUAAAGUUCUCUGUUGCGGAAUAUCAAGUUUCUCAAACUGAAGAUAUGAGUAAUCGCUAUUACAGGCCUGAGAAGCCUGUCUCAGGUAAAAUGAGGAAACUAAAGGAGCUUAUGCUCAAAAGUGAUAAUCGAAUUUGUGCAGAUUGUAGUGCUCCAGAUCCGAAAUGGGCGUCAGCUAACAUUGGGGUUUUUAUAUGCUUGAAAUGUAGUGAUGUUCAUAGGAGUCUUGAUGCAGACAUAUCAAAGGUGCUGCCUUUAACAUCAGAUGAAUUGACUGAAAGUGACAUUGAUUCCAUCAUUGAAGUUGGUGGGAACUCUUAUGCUAACUCAAUUUAUGAGGCCUUUCUUCCUAAAGGUUAUCGGAAGCCUAAACCAGACUCAGAUAAUGAAGAACGGAGCCAAUUUAUAAGGUCUAAGUAUGAGUUGCAAGAAUUCUUGAAGCCAAGUUUGCGUAUUGUGUCUUCAAAGAUGUCCUUCAGAACAUUUGAAUCUGAAAAGAAUUUGGACCACAGCUACAUGUCCAACAAUUCAAAGAAGGCGGCGGAUAUGAGGAAAUUUAUUGGAGAGUUGAAGGUCAAAGUAGUCAAAGGAUCAAACUUAGCUGUUAGAGAUAUGCUAACUAGUGAUCCAUAUGUUAUUUUGAGCCUUGGGCAGCAGAGGGCCCAAACUACAGUUAAAAAGAGCAACUUGAAUCCAGUAUGGAAUGAAGAGCUCAAAUUUUCAGUUCCUCGAUGUUAUGGAGCUUUGAAACUGCAAGUAUACGACCACGACAUGUUUUCUGCUGAUGACAUAAUGGGCGAGGCUGAGGUUGAUCUCCAGCCUAUGAUCACAGCUGCAAUGGCUUUUGGGGAUGCUGAGCUUCUUGAAAACAUGCAGAUUGGCAGGUGGUUCAAAACAAGUGACAAUGCACUCAUCAAGGACAGCACUGUCAACAUAGUUGAUGGGAAGAUAAAACAAGAGGUGUUCCUAAAGCUACAGAAUGUGGAGUGUGGAGAGAUCCAACUAGUACUAGAAUGGGUUCCUCUUGAUGAAUAAGGCCUUUCACAAACUUGGGUUACAUUUUUGUGGCUCUGCAUUUGCAUCAAUUGCUAUUUUGUUCAGGCCAAUCUUCUCAUUCACAUUUUUAAGCUGUGUAAAAAGUGUAGGUGUGAUCAGUUUGUAUAAUAUAUUAAUUUGAAGAUGGAUCCUUAAUGUUAUGAUUACUGUGUAUUAAGAUCUAUAUCACUAUUCCUUUUGGACA